GCGCGCGGUGGUUACCGAGCCGUAGAGGUCUCAGCCGGGAGGAGGCUGCGGUGUGGAGAGACACUCAGGACUGCAGGGCUCCUGGAAGCCGCGGACGUGGUUUGCCGGUGUUGGGUUUUGCCGAGAUGACAAACAGGCUCCUCAGUAAAGACUUGACUGAAUGUUGAGGGCAGAGGGGAAACGGGUCGGCCACCCAUUGUCUAGUGUCAACCAACCUGCACCUACUGGGGACCGAGAGGAGGUUGGCGGUAAAAUGGGAAAUUCACGUUGUACAGAAACAGAGGUUAUCGAGUCCUUGGGAAUUAUUAUCUAUAAAGCACUGGACUAUGGAUUGAAGGAGAAUGAGGAACGGGAGCUAAGCCCUCCCCUGGAGCAGCUCAUCGACCGGAUGGCCAACACAGUGGAGGCCGAUGGCAGCAAGGACGAGGGCUACGAGGCUGCAGACGAGGGCCUGGAGGAGGAGGAAGAUGAGAAGAGGGCCGUCUCUGCCGUGCGCUCCUACCGAGACGUCAUGAAGCUGUGUGCUGCUCAUCUCCCAGCUGAGUCAGAGGCACCAAAUCAUUAUCAGGCAGUGUGUCGCGCACUGUUCGCAGAAACCAUGGAGCUCCACACGUUCCUGACUAAAAUCAAGAGUGCAAAGGAGAAUCUUAAGAAGAUUCAAGAAAUGGAGAAGAGUGACGACUCCAGCACAGACCUAGAUGAGCUGAAAAACGCUGACUGGGCCCGAUUCUGGGUCCAGGUGAUGAGGGAUUUGCGAAAUGGGGUAAAACUUAAGAAGGUCCAGGAGCGGCAGUACAACCCACUGCCCAUCGAGUACCAGCUGACCCCCUAUGAGAUGCUGAUGGAUGACAUCCGGUGCAGAAGGUACACCCUGCGGAAAGUGAUGGUGAAUGGCGACAUUCCUCCUCGGUUAAAGAAGAGCGCUCAUGAGAUCAUCCUGGACUUCAUCAGGUCAAGACCUCCUUUAAACCCCGCUUCAGCCAGAAAACUGAAACCAACCCCACCACGGCCUCGGAGCCUGCAUGAAAGAAUAUUAGAAGAAAUUAAAGCAGAAAGAAAGCUGCGGCCUGUGUCCCCAGAGGAGAUUAGACGGAGCCGAUUGGCAAUGCGGCCACUUAGCAUGUCUCACAGUUUUGACUUGUCAGAUGUGACUACCCCAGAAUCUCCAAAGAAUGUUGGGGAGCCAUCUAUGCUGAAUGGAAGCCUGACAUCGCAGACAGAAAUUGGGGGGACCCGUGCUGCCCAGCAAGCACCUGCACAGCGCAAGAAGCUCCUCAAGGCCCCCACGCUGGCCGAGCUGGACAGCUCUGACUCCGAGGAGGAGACUCUGCCCAGGUCGUCCAGCGGCAGCAGUGCAUCUCCCUCCUUCCUCGAGGACCCAGCGCUGGAGGCCACGUGCGUGAGGAAGAAGCCCCCAGAGUUCCUGCCCAUGUCGUCCACCCCACAGCCCGAGCGGCGGCAGCCGCCCCAGCGCCGGCACUCCAUCGAGAAGGAGACGCCCACCAAUGUGAGGCAGUUCCUGCCCCCAACCCGGCAGAGCUCCCGCUCCCUGGUUCCUGGGAUGAGCAGCGCGUGGCCCCGGACACCUUUCCGGCCGCUUUUCUCUACCCUACACACAGCUUCUCUUCUCAGCUCCCAUCCUCUUGAAGCGGCUGUGUUUGGGGUGGCAGGGGCUGUGUACUAUCUGUGUGAGAGAGCUUUUACCAGCAGGUGGACCUCCUCCAAGGAGGAGUUCUGCUUCCCCGUGGAAUGCCUCGCCCUGACGGUGGAGGAGGUGAUGCACAUCCGCCAGGUGCUGGUGAAGGCAGAGCUGGAGAAGUACCAGCAGUACAAGGACAUCUACACUGCCCUGAAGAAAGGAAAGCUCUGCUUCUGUUGCCGAACCCGGAGGUUUUCCUUCUUCACCUGGUCUUACACCUGCCAGUUCUGUAAGAGGCCCGUGUGCUCACAGUGCUGCAAAAAGAUGCGGCUGCCCUCCAAGCCAUACUCCACUCUACCCAUCUUCUCUCUGGGACCUUCCACCUUACAAAGAGGGGACAGUACUACCAGGUCAGAAAAGCCCCCGGCAAGCCACCAGCGGCCACUGCGCAGCAUCGCCAGGUUCUCCUCAAAGUCUAAGUCUGUGGACAGGUCGGAUGAAGAGCCGCACUUUCCCAAGGAGCUCAUGGAGGACUGGAGCACCAUGGAGGUGUGUGUGGACUGCAAGAAGUUCAUCUCGGAAAUCAUCAGCUCCAGCCGGCGCAGCCUGGUGCUGGCCAACAAAAGAGCCCGGUUAAAAAGGAAAACACAAUCCUUCUAUGUGUCCUCUCCUGGCCCCUCGGAGUACUGUCCUUCAGAGAGGACUAUCAGUGAGAUCUGAGCCGUGCCUUCCACUGGCUUCAGUGUGCAGAGUUGGGGCAGCCAUGUCCGAGGAUGCUGACCGGGCCGCUCCUUUCCAUGGUUUGACUAAACAGGCUUAAGUUUGCAGUGGACCAGACUCCUGCUGCAUCACCUUGUCCCACAGGCUCUACGCUGAGUUCCCUCGACUGGUAAUAGGAAAGGCCAGCCACCUGCUCAUUGGCCCUGAGAGAACAGUAUUCUGGAAUUUGCUUUGUGUGUGUGGAUGUGGUGGCCGGAACCUUGCUGAGUCCAGUUCCUUGCCGCCCCUCCAGUGAUCCUGGUGAGGCAGAAGCUGCUCCGCAAGUAGUCAGUCCAACAGAGAUGGCAGCAGGGCUGUGCGCAGGAAGGCACGUUGGCAGUUCCACCUGACAGUGUGCCUGUCCAGGGUGCCUGGUGAUGGCGGGCCAGGCUGUCCAUCGUCUCAGCACAACACCUGAGGGACUUGCUGAUGCCGUCCAGCUGACUGAAAUCGUCAUUGUUCCAAGGUUCAGGUUUGUGCCGGCACUGUAGUGCAGAGCAUCUGAGGGAGCGGGGCCUCGAGGUGGCCACGUUGUCCUGGCGCCUGCAUCGGUGUUGCUGAGCCUGUGACAGGCCUCCUUCCCCAUCACGAGGGUAUUUCAGUUACUGGGUGUCGUCAUGAGGAUCUGAGAAUGACAGUUCUGUGGGAGUUUCAGGACAGAGGAAGGCUAAACUGUUCUCAAGCAGCUGAGGGUAUUUGGUCAGCCCUGGAGUGGCUGUGACCACAGAGGGUGCCAGGAGGAGGAGCUGGGGCUCAGCAUUUUCAGCUGCGUUUUUCAUGACUUUAUAGUGCAGCCAUCACAACUAAAUUAAGCUACAAUUUGGUACCUAAGGUCUCAAACUGAAAUUUAUUUUUAUAAAUGAAUUUUGAAAGAAAAAUGUCUAGCUCUUUUAAAAUUAUAUGAAAAUUAACCUGCUGACAGGCAAGAUUUUUGGAUGCUUUUUGCACUGAUUUCCUGGUAGAUAACUUGAGUGCAGGCUGGGGUUUGGAUGAAGGAGGCCUGGAGGGUGGUUUCCCAGUUCCAGGGCCCUCUGUGGGCCAGCCUUUAUGAUUUUGGUAUGCUUAGAAGUGACCAGCCAACCAAAUCAGCAUUAACGUUCAGAAAGUCACUUAAUGCACGUGCACAGUAAUUUCCUGAAAGCUGUAGAUCGCGUCUGUGGUCACACCCCAGCAGCCUAGGGAGCUGCGGGCACGGCAGUCACAUUUCAAGCCACAUUUCCAUAUUAAGUUAACAGUAAUACCUCAGAACUGCUCUGGUAGUAGUUUUUAAAGGAUUGAAAUUUACAAUUUAGUAAAUGGCUUUAAAUUACUGAUACUUAUGAAAUAAACUUUAACAGUUGACUAAAUAAUACAUGUUAACAGUUGGUCUGUGCUGCUUGUGAAAGCGGGUCCCCAGAACAUGCUGCUGGCUGCUUCAGCCAUGUUCAAGUCUUUUUUUAAAGAGCUUUAGAAAUCACGCCAGGGAAGCUUGCUUAUGCAAUUUUCCAAGAGACUCUGAACUUCACAUUCCAGACAGUUAGGUGGGGCCACCUGCUUUGGUGGCCCUGGGUGUGAGCUUCUGAAGCAGCUACCAGGCAGGUCCCAAGGAGAGCAAGGGACGGAGAUGGAGUUCACACAGUGUGCACUCGCAUGCAGGGCAGUAACUAGUUACUGUGUGUGCAACACAAGAAACAAAGCCCAGGACGAGGAUUUUACUCCUGUUCACAAAGCAGUGACCUGGUUAAACCCCUUGUCCCUUCACUUACUCAUAUGGGAUGACCGGGCAUCACGGUCACCCCUUAGCAGGCUGUGAGGGUGUAGAUUCUUCAGCAGCAGGGAUGGGUUUGGCCAAGUGCACAGAGGUCAGAUGGAUGGCAUGUGGUUGAAACCACCAAAACCAGUAGGCAUCACCUGGGCUGCCAAGAAGGAUUCUGAAUUAGCCCUGGGAUGUGUGCCGCCCCCUGCAGGCUGCAGGAGGUAUCUUCCUCAGGCUGACUCUUACCCCUAGGCUCCUGGCAUGCCCUCCCUCUGCACCUUCCUCUGUCCUGACUGCCCACUGGGCCCCUCUGACUUCUACACCAACAAGAAGCAUGCUGGCCUCAGUGUCAUCCAGCGCGUUUUGAACACUGUGCACAUCUGAACGGUCACCCUCGUCUCAUCCUCCUCUCAUCCCUGAGUGCUGCUUCCUUUUGUCCCAUUUGCCAUGAGGUCACGUUGUCAGGAAAUCUUCCCUCCUGUGGCUUGACUUUCCAGUCAGUGUCAGAGUAUGUGAGAAUGCUUGUAAAUACUGUAGUGUAUUUAUUAAUAUUUAAGUCAUUCAUCCAGUGGACAGUGGGAAUUAACUCUCCCCAGCCAGUAAAAAUUAAGUCAGGUAAAUGACAUACAUGUACAUUGACCUAACGAUCUCACUAGAUUUCAAGUCACGUCUUUCAAAUUAAACCAGAGGUUGUUAUGUAAACGAGUCUUAAAAAUAAUCUUAUGUUAAAGAGAUUAUGUGAUUAAUACAUGAACUCAUACCAUGAAAUUUUUAAGGCUUUUAUUUUUCUAACUCUAUUAAUAAAUAUAGGACUGGAUUUUAGGUGUCAUACAGGAACUGUGAGAAUUUUAAAUCAUGUUGCUGUUUGCUAAAGCAAAACGGGAGGUUCUAUACAUGCAAAACUACUGAAGGACCAUGAAGAAGUGUAUGCUGCUAGCUGGGCCUUGACCCGGCUGCCACGUGUGUAGAAGCCGAGGUGCUGCGGCAUUCAGGAUGACAUGAUGGGUACUCAGUGUUUUCCAUUAAAGUAUUUUAAAAUUUGUGUAGGAAAAAAUAAAAUGGCUUUGGUCAUA